GGCCGCAUUAGUAGACUCUUCGGUCUCCUGAUCAAUCGCCGUGCGCUGUGCGGGUUCGAGUCCCGUCCCAGGAGAAAUUUUUCUCUUCGCUAUGGAUGUUGUGAUUGUCCGUAGGUGGUAGACGGUCUCUGACUGUCGAACGCGGAGGUACCACCCGGCGGAUCUCGUAGGCGGAGCCAGAAUGUGUGCAUGUUGCAUGCAUACGUGUGCCCUCGCUAGAGUCCGUGCGGCAUUCCCCCUUUCCCAUGUAUCCCCCUAUAGCCCCACGGUACCCAAUGGGUGCUUAGGCCUUAGGCCUUCGUGGUAGUUGGAG